CGAGACUUUAUUGAGUAUAAAGAGCGGACAUGGCACGAAUAUAAUAUUUAUUUGAUAGAAAAUAAAUAUAAAAAGACAUAGGUUCAAAUAUUGCAAAACACAAGUAGAAAAAUAAUUAUGUGUUGUUGUUAGAAGUGUCAUAAAGAUAUAUACGUAAUUACUAACAUAAGUAAAAAUGGACAAAGAAUUAAACAAAGCCAAAUCACACUCGCUAUACUUCCAAUUUUCUUUUCCCCUUAUUUGUUAUUUUUCUCAAACAUUAUCGGUUAAUACUAUCUUUCCCGUCCAAUUUUCACCUUUUUUUUCAUUCUCUAUUUUUUUCGUCAUUUUCAUUAAACACGGAUACAAGCAUGACACGAGCACGAAUAGGCACGACACAAUUCGAACCGUGCCCGGACCUGGGCCUGGCCUAGCAAAAUUAACAAAUAUACUGGUAUGACACGACACGAAAACUGACGAACCAUAUCAAGCACAACACGAAAUAAAUGAGCUCAAAACGAGCCUAUGCCGUGCCGAUCCAAGCACGGCCCAGCGCCCAUCUACAGCUGUGACCCUCUCGCCUGACAUUUUCUUUCCUCCCUUUCCCGCGCUGGCCUACAACUAUGAAGAGAGCCGCCGGGUCCUACGAAUACAAAUUUUCGUUAAAAGUAAGAGGCAAAUCAUAAUCAUACCAAAUUAUUAUUUAAUUGUUAGAGUAGCAGCAGCACACAGUCCCCAUCCCAUCCCCACACAGCAAACCAAGUGGAGAUCAAUCAAAUAUUUGUUCUUAUCGUUUCCAUUUCUAAGCGAUCCAACCAGGAAAAAAAAAAAGAUGACCAAAUGGAGAAAUCAAAUCUUUUCUACUGUUUCUUCUUCGCACUUUCAUUGUUUGUUAAUCACUAUUUAGAAACAGAUAUAAUUUCAUUGAAAAGGUCCAAUUCUUCCAGCGGUGUAACCAUUAACCAAACCAAACCAAAUUAUUGAUGGGAUUAACUUGCUUCUUCUUAAACCCCAUCCCCCUGGGCCCUGUUUCUCUGCCCACUUUCCUUCUUCCUUUCCCCUGUAGCUUUCUUACAAUAAAACCCUCCACCGCCGCACCUCAAUUUGCUCUCUCCAUAAAUUCCAAUUUCUUCCCCUCAUCUGUCUUAUAUUCAAUUCCCCAAAAACCCAAUUCCUCCAAAACCCGAAAUUCGGAAACCCCCCAGCAGAUCCUGGAUUUCAAUUUGCCCAAUCCACCACCGCCGCCGCCAUGAAAUCGAAAGCAGGGCAGAACAGGAACGUGGUCCUCAGGAUAAUAACUUGCCCGAUUCGGGCGCUGGGCAGGGCCAGGGAUCUCUACGUCAGAAGCCUCACGGGAUGCGGCACCGUCGCCACCCAUAACCCCAGCCGCCGCCGCCGCGUCCCUAAUUACCACACCACCCACUUCACCUCCUUGCCCCGCAGCCUCAGCGCCGCCGCCUCCACCUCCAACGGCGGCGGUGAGGACCUCCGGGAGCUCAUGAGGGCCGCCUCGGCACGGGUAUACGGCCACAAGAACGAGGCCGAGAUGUACGCCGAGCAGCUCCGGCAGCAGGAGAGGGAGGCCAACAGAGUGGCCGCCAGUGUUCUGCCGAAGAGUGUCAGCGUCGGGAUGGGGUUCAUGGGGAGGAUCGACGAGGAUAAGGCGUGUGAGGAGUUCGAAGAGGACGCCGCCGAUGGAUCCUCCUCCUCCGCGGCCGGCGCCGGCGAAAGAGACGUCGGCAAGAAGGUUGAGAAGUACCCGCGCAGCAAGAGCUACGCGCCUGCUUCCAAGCGACUUGGCGUUUUCUAGGUGGCCGUAUUUUUAGUUUUACGGCAAGCUAGUUGUUGCAACUUUGCCUGCCAGUUUGGUUUGUAGUUUUGUACAGAGAGAGGGAUGAAUUAUUAAUGGCGGCGGCUAUCUUCUCUUCUUCUCCCAUUGUCAACCGUGGCCAACACUUAUUAUUAUUAUUAUUAUUAUUAUUAUUAUUAUUAUUAGUUUAUUACAAUUGGAUCUCUCGAAAGAGGUACAAAAUACACGUAAAUAAUAUUACUGAAAUUAGAUCAAUUCAGUCAAUUGUGAGUAAAUUUCUCAAAAGAGAAUGAGCAAAUCCAAUCAGCAAUAGCAUUAAACUUUGUAGGGACAAACUUGAUCUUGAUUUGAGUGUUUUAGAGGAUUGAGGCCAAGGAUCUCAUCCAGGCAGCACCCCCUCCAAGGCCAUUUAGACUUGUCCUCCGAAGGAGCAUGCACCAGAACUUGACACUUAGACAUGACAAUGCAUUCGUCACUAUAUUUUUGAGCUAAUUUGAGACCUUCCAAAAGCGCUUUCGUUUCUGCUUCAAACGGGGUAAAACAAAUGAAAGUGUCACCUCGUCUAUCAAUAACUUGUCCAUGGUGGUUAACAAACACAACCAUGAACACAGAAGAGUUUAUUGCCAUUUCUGAGCUCGCUGUGUCUGGAAUACAAUAUUUCAAUUCUU